AUGUCCGAUUCGCGACGAGAGGGCGAGGCCGACGAGCCCGUCCAGACACCGACGACACCCUUGCGGAGGGAGCGGGCUCCCACCAUCACCAUCGAUACCUCUGCCGUGAACUCCCCGAGUACUGGCGAACCUCCAGUCCAGGUUCUGUCCGAUCCCGAGCAAGCCUCGACGGAUAAUCUUAAUCAUAAUAAUGGCGAAUACCCCGACACCAGGACGACCAGCUAUGAUGGUGGCGUCUCCCCAACAGAUAGACGAUCUGCUGCUUCGAUCCGCUCGAAUGCCUCCUCCGAGGCUCGAGAUCGAGACCACGACCGGCCCACAUCGCCACAUAAUAUUUCUUCCCCCAAGACCAAGCUGCCAGAGUCGCAUUCCAACUUCCUGUCCGUGCCAGGGACGCGGUCCCGGGGCAAUUCCCUCGAGUCGGAAGACACCAGCCAAACGUCGAGCAUUUACGGUGGUGAUACUUUCGUGCCCUCUGCAUCCCAUCACUCGCACUCACAGUCCGAUCUGACCAAGCAUACCAAUGUCGAUAACGAGGAUGCGUUGACACCAGAUCCUGGCCGGGAAGACGAGUUCGAGGUGGAGAACAACCGCUUUGCCUUUUCUCCGGGUCAACUGAACAAGCUGUUGAAUCCGAAGAGCUUUGCUGCAUUCCAUGCACUGGGUGGACUGCGUGGCCUCGAGAAAGGGCUCCGGACUGAUGUCCAAAGUGGCCUGAGCACCGAUGAGAGCACGUUGGAUGGAGCAGUGGCUUUCGAUGAGGCUGUAGGAUCGAAUGCCAUGCCCAAGUCGGCUUCUCCUGUUGGACCGCCGCCUACACCGCCAGCUGAUGGAAAGCCGGCGACGAAUGAGACCGAGGAGUUCUCCGACCGCAGGCGAGUCUUUGGAAAUAACAAACUGCCAGAGAGAAAGUUGAAGACCAUCUGGGAAUUGGCCUGGAUUGCUUUCAACGAUAAGGUGUUGAUUCUGCUGACAGUCGCUGCCGCUAUCUCUCUCGCUGUCGGUAUCCCCCAGUCACUGCAUCCAGCAGAUCCCAAUGAGCCUGGCGUGGAAUGGGUUGAAGGUCUUGCCAUCUUGGUUGCCAUCAUCAUUGUCGUGACGGUUGGUGCCUCGAACGAUUGGCAAAAGGAACGACAAUUCGCCAAACUCAACAAGAAGAAAGAAAAUCGGUUGAUCAAGGUUAUUCGAUCCGGUAAAACAGCAGAGGUCUCCAUUCACGAUAUCAUGGUUGGCGACGUCAUGCACAUGGAGCCCGGCGAUAUGGUUCCUGUCGAUGGCAUUCUGAUCGAUGGUCACGGUGUGACAUGCGACGAGUCUUCCGCUACUGGUGAAUCUGAUCUACUCCGAAAGACCCCUGGAGACGACGUUUACCGAGCCAUCGAGCAACACCAAGACCUCAAGAAGAUGGAUCCGUUCAUUGUCUCUGGCGCCAAGGUCUCCGAGGGUGUCGGUACGUUCCUCGUCACAGCCACUGGUAUACACUCGACGCAUGGACGGACAAUGAUGUCUCUCCAGGAGGACGGCGAAACCACUCCGUUGCAGACCAAGCUGAACAAACUCGCCGAGUACAUUGCCAAGCUAGGUCUUGCUUCGGGUCUGCUUUUGUUCGUGGUCCUCUUUAUCAAGUUCCUCGUCCGAUUGAAGUCGAUUGAAGGCGGCGCCGAUGCCAAGGGCCAAGCGUUUCUGCAGAUCUUCAUCGUCGCUGUUACGAUUGUGGUCGUGGCGGUGCCUGAAGGUCUACCCUUAGCAGUGACACUUGCUCUCGCCUUUGCUACAACACGAAUGAUCAAGGAUAACAACUUGGUUCGCUUCCUCAAAGCUUGUGAGACUAUGGGCAAUGCGACAACCAUCUGCUCCGACAAGACUGGUACCCUCACCGAAAAUAAGAUGACGGCUGUUGCUGCCACCCUGGGAACCACCUCGCGAUUUGGAGACAAGGGACAGGCUGCUGCUCAGUCAGGCGAUGUUUCUGCCUCCGAAUUUGUAUCUACGCUUUCGUCGUCGGUUAAAGACCUCCUGCUCAAGUCCAUCACUCUCAACUCCACCGCUUUCGAAGGUGAACAAGAUGGCGUGAAGACCUUUAUCGGAUCCAAGACCGAGACGGCUUUGUUAUCAUUCGCACGCGAACACCUCGGCAUGGGACCCCCGAGCGAGGAGCGAGCUAGCGCGAAGAUUGUUGAAAUGUACCCCUUCGAUUCCGGUCGCAAAUGCAUGGGCGUGGUUGUUCAGCUCGAAAAUGGAAAAUACCGCGUGUUGGUCAAGGGAGCUGCGGAGAUCUUGAUGAACAAGUCUUCAACUAUUGUGCGCGACCCGACGGAUACUCUGAGUGAAUCCCCACUUUCGGAGGAGAACCGCUCUACCCUGGACAACACCAUCGUCACAUACGCAUCGCGUUCCCUGCGGUGUAUCGCUCUGGUCUACCGGGAAUUUGACCAAUGGCCACCCCGUGGAGCUUCGGCCUCAGGAACUCGGAACACCGUUCCUUUUGACGAUAUCUUCAAGGACAUGUCUAUUCUUGGCAUCUUUGGUAUCCAGGAUCCAGUCCGAGCUGGAGUCGCAGAGGCCGUGCACACCUGCCAGCGUGCCGGUGUCUUUGUGCGAAUGGUAACAGGUGACAAUAUCAUGACUGCCAAGGCCAUUGCUGGCGAGUGUGGUAUCUACACUCCUGGUGGAAUUGCAAUUGAAGGCCCGCAGUUCCGGAAAUUGAGCACGCGACAAAUGAACCAGAUCAUUCCCAGACUUCAAGUCAUCGCGCGGUCUAGCCCCGAUGACAAGAAGAUCCUGGUGAACCAACUGAAGAAGCUCGGUGAGACUGUUGCUGUCACCGGUGAUGGUACCAACGAUGCGCAGGCUCUGAAGAAUGCCGAUGUUGGCUUCGCCAUGGGUGUUACUGGUACUGAAGUGGCCAAGGAGGCGUCCGAUAUCAUCUUGAUGGACGACAACUUUGCAUCAAUUGUCAAGGCCAUGGCCUGGGGUCGUACUGUCAGCGACGCCGUCAAGAAGUUCCUUCAGUUCCAGAUUACGGUCAACAUCACUGCUGUGGUCUUGACCUUCGUCUCGGCCGUUGCCAGCAGCAGUGGGGACUCCGUGCUCAGCGCAGUCCAGCUGCUGUGGGUCAACCUCAUCAUGGAUACUUUCGCCGCUCUUGCAUUGGCUACCGAUCCCCCAUCUCCAUAUGUCCUCGAUCGCAGACCCGAGUCCAAAGCGGCCCCACUCAUUACCCUUACAAUGUGGAAAAUGAUCAUUGGACAAUCGAUCUAUCAACUGGUUGUGACAUUCGUUCUCAACUUUGCCGGCAAAUCCAUCUUCCCCUGGAAUGAAGAACAUAUGCAGACGGUGGUCUUCAACACUUUCGUCUUCAUGCAGAUCUUCAACCAGUAUAACUCUCGCCGAAUUGAUAACAAACUCAAUAUUAUGGAGGGAGUGUGGCGCAACAAGUGGUUCGUCGGCAUCCAGCUUAUCAUCAUCGGAGGCCAGGUUCUGAUUAUCUUCGUGGGAGGUGCGGCUUUCUCUGUGAAACGUCUCGACCAGGGAACACAAUGGGCUGUCAGUCUUGUACUUGGCGCAAUUUCUGUACCGAUUGCAGUGAUCAUCCGCCUCAUCCCCGACGAAUUCGUCAGUCGAAUCAUCCCCCACAUCUGGCAUCGCAACAAGAAGGGAGGACCUGAGCUGGUGAUCUCCGAUGAAGACCGUCGCUAUGAGUGGAACCCGGCACUGGAAGAGAUCCGCGACCAGCUGGCUUUCAUCAAGUCUGUCCGUGGUGGUCGUCUCCGCCACAUCCGCCACAAGCUGCAACACCCUCAGGAAUUAUUACCUCGAUCUCGCAGCGGCUCGCGCUCGCGCGAAUCCUCUGCUCCGCCUACCCCCAAUGGCGACGAGGGAAGCCCGACUCCUCAGCCCGCGUCCCCCGAAUCUCGCUCGCGCCGCAAUACUCGAUCCCGCUCCAACUCUACAUUUGGACCCGCGGCGGCAAUGGCUGGAAUUGUCGCGGGCAGUAUUGCCGGAUGGUCUCCUAUUGACCGCGGUAAUGAUGAAGCCGACUCUAUCGCCUUCCCGCCCACUGGCCCUCACGGUGGACUGGAUCACCAGCCGGGAAUUGAGAUCCAUCCUGACACCGCGGCCGAUGACCGGAUCUUGGGCGAAUAUUCCCACGAUCCCAAGAACCCUCCCAGUCAGCAACCGGACUUGACUCCAUUCUUCGAGCACGCACCACCAGCGCCCUCUGAGCGAGCUCCCUCCAGCCGAGGUCGUCGCUCAAUGUCGAACCGCUCUCGCUCGAGCCACAGCCAGUCGCGGGCAUAA